AUGAUUGUUAAUGGCAAACCUCUAACUACUCGACAGGAAGGAUAUACCACUAACAACGGGAAAUCAUGUGCCGUGCAUGGUUUUGAUGUUUGUUGUAAUAAUCAGCAACCAUCUGCAUGUUUGACUAAAUUAGAAUGCAAGGAUGAAGAAGAAGAAGGGGAGGAAGAGGAUGAGAACGAUUCUGAGCAAAGUGAUAAGAGUACGAGCUCUUCAAGUUUAACCCAAAACGAGGAUAAUAAACAUGUUCACUACAACAAUAUCAUACGUACAAGAAGUAGACCCCUUUCAACAAAUAAUGCUAAUGAAUUGAUUGGUGGGGCUAAUCUUGAAACUCAACGUCCUGUGAGAAGAUCUACAGGUAGCAGUAUAACAAAUGAUCCUAGUAUCAGUGAUUCUGACGUUGAGUUCAACAAACCUAGAUUUAUAACAAUUGAGGAUCUUAAUGACCUUGACACGAAAGAGAUGAAAAAUUAUAAAAAAUAUAACAAAGAUCAUAAAAUUUUCUCAUUUUCCUUACCGUUCGGACAAAACAAUAAGAUUCGGAACAGUCAAAUCUCGAUGUUCAAUCUGAUCACUCCUAUAACGGAGACUAAUAAAAAUAUCACAGAAAAUGACAACAAUAGUAGUUCUGGAAGUCAAGUAAACAUGAGUAAUUCCGGUGAUGAUAUCGAAAAUAAAGGAACUUCGGCACCUCAACCUGCUUCUUUGAAUAAUGACUUAAAUGACGUGACAGCUGCCUUAACUAGAAGCAAGACUGUGACAGUUUUGGAAGGUGAGACACCUGCUAUCAAAAGCGAAAUAAAACAGAAAUUAGAAAGAACAAACUCAAUCUCAUCUUUGGAAGAAUUAGAGUUAUACAAAGAUCAAACGGGGAUUGAAAAUGUCAGAAAUAAAGCGAUUAGAGAAAGUCUAGGUAUUGAUGCCGUAAGAAAUCAAAUCAAACAAAUUACUAUAAGUGAUGCAACCAAAACACCAGAUGGAUAUACUUAUGGAAGACUAUCCUCAAUUUGGAAUGAGGUAGAUGGUGACUUUGUUAUAAUGGGUGGAUAUAGAGGAUCUAUUUUAAGAGAUGCGAAAACACACAGACGUCUAUGGGUCCCAAUAAAAGCCGGAUUAAACCUUACGAAGAUUGAUCUAUAUAUUGGUCCAACAGAACAAGACGAAAUAGAAACUCAAAAGCACAUUAUACCAGAUGGGAUGCUUACUCACAUUGGUCCCAUUGAUAUAUCGAGAAAAUUAAUUAAAAAAUUGGAGUCAAACCCUAAGGUCCACAUCGAGACAUUUGGUUAUGAUUGGAGGUUAUCUCUUGAAAUACCUUGCGAACAGUUGAUUAAGAGACUUAAACAACUAUGGGAGAAACAAAAGAAGGACCCUAAGUAUAAAGGUAAACCAAAAGGUACUUAUCUCCUUGCACAUUCUAUGGGUGGUCUUAUUGCCCACAAGGUCCUUCAGGAACAUCCCGAACUAAUUAGAGGUAUUGUAUACAUUGGGUCACCUAACCAAUGUCCAAAUAUUCUUGGACCAAUACGGUUCGGUGACUCGGUGAUGUGGAAUAAAUCGAUAUUAAGUAGCGAAUCAAAUUUUUUCAUGAGAAGCAGUCAUUAUUUCCUACCCUUGGAUGGAAGAUGUUUCAUUAAUAGAGAAACAUACGAAAGAUAUGAUUUCGACUUGUUCGAUCCCCAAAUUUGGAGAUAUCUUGGCUUAUCACCUUUAGUUAGUCAAAAGCGGUUAGAGUAUAUCGAAAAAGAGAAAAAAAAACAGGAACGUGAACUCAUCCGUCAUCAUCAUGUAAAAAGUACCUCCAGAACCACAUCGAUGAGUUCGAUCUUUUCACUAGACCCCCCUAACCCACUUGACGUUAUAGAAACCGUCAAUUCCAAAGUGAAAGAUGUAGUCAGCAAGGUUCCCUUAUUGAAAAAAGAGAUCAAAAAUGAUCUUACUGAUACUAUGGAAGAAGUGCUUUUUGACUAUAAUUUCAAAACGUCUUAUGAGGAUUCCUAUGAUUAUUUGGAACGUACUCUAACAAAUGCUAAAAAAUUUCUGAGCAGUUUGGAUUAUGAUGAUUCAAAGGAUUAUCCACCUUUAGUUACUGUCUAUGGUAAUAGAGUACCGACAGUACGUGGUUGCAAAGUGGAAGGUAUUGCGGGUAUCAUUGAUGGUGAUUAUGAUGAUUUCUAUUAUGGUGCAGGUGAUGGUGUUGUUCACCAUUCUUGGCUUUUACCUGGUGUUAGAGGAUUUCCUGUUGUUGCCAAAAUUGUAAGUGAAACAGGCCAUGUUAGUUUAAUGACCGAUCUUUCAAGUAUGGCAAAGGCCUUGAUUUCAUUACACGACGCAGACAAAAAGAGGGACCAGCUAAAGAAGAAAUAA